AUGGCUCUUCAGAAUGCAGGAAUCAUUGUUUUCAAGGAUGACGAGUCACUUCCACGGGGAAAGCAAAUUUCACCAUCUCUGCGGUUAGCAAUCGAAGAGUCUCGAAUAUCUGUUGUUGUUUUCUUGAAAAUUUAUGCAGAGUCGUGGUGGUGUUUGAAAGAGUUGGAGAAAAUAAUGGAGUGUCACAGAACCAUAGGGCAAAUGGUGAUACCAGUGUUCUAUGAUGUUGAUCCCUCUGAAGUCCGUCAUCAUACGCCUUUUGAGCAAGAUUUCGACAAAGGAAGAAGAAAAGGUGCUGGAUUGGAAGCAACGUUGGAGGACGAGACUUGGUUUGAAAGGGUAAACAAGCCCCUGGAGCAUUGGAAAGAGGCACUUUCUGUAGUUGUUCAGAGCUCAUGA